GGCAACCACAAUCAUUGUUUGUUUCUCACAAUCAAAUGACCUGUUACCAUCUCUCUCUCUCUCUCUCUCUCUCUCUCUCUCUCUCAUCAUCUAUGUAUACUGUACAGUGUACAGUAUAAUCCGCCUGUAUCCAACCCAAGAAUCUCCCUCCCAAGUCUCACCAAACCGCUCAUAAAUCUCGCAUUCACUCUCCUCCUCCUCCUCUCGUAACCGAUCUUUCUCUCUCCCCUAUCAAUAAUUUUCUCUGCCAAAACAAAACAAAACUCCCAAUUCUAUCAAUUUCUCUCACUCCACACUCUUCUUCCAUUUUCUCUUCUCCCCAAAAAUCGCACCGAUCCAAAUUGCCUCAAAUCACUGCCCCUCCUCUCCUCGUCUCCACUCAUUAAUUUGUAUCUACAGAUAUUUGUAUUGUAUAUGUGUAUAUAUAAUACGGGCUUAAGAUGCUUUACUUAUGAAAUAAGUAUGUGACCGUAUACAUACGUGGGCGAUGUUUGUUGGAGAUGCUUUACUUAUGACGGAAAAAGUAUACCUGUCUGCUUGUAGAUUUGUAUGCAUUUGCUGUUUGUAUCUGAGUGUUCGAUCUUGUUAGAUCUUUGUCAAUUUGGGGAUAGAUUAGUUAGAUGUUAGAUCUGUUAGAGUUUUGCCGGAGGAAACGGAUUCAUGUAGCCGACCUUGAUUGAUUGGUUGGAAGCUUUUAUGUACGCGGAGAUUCUCCAGAACAGAUUCAUGUAGCCGACCUAAUUGAUUGAAAUUUAACGCUCGGUUUGGUCUGGUCUGGAGUUUCGUGAAGGAGUUUGGAGGAAACAGAUUCAUCUAGUCUGAGCCUAAUUAAUUGGGACUUAAGUCUCGAUUUGGUUUGGUCUUUAUCUGCUGGCAGUUUCGCGAAGGAGUAUGGAGAAAACAGAUUCAUCUAUUCGAGCCUAAUUAAUUGGGACUUAAGUUUCGAUUCGGUUCGGUUCGGUUUUAUCUAAGUGUCCGCCAAGAAGUUUGUAUUGAAUUAGGUUAUGGAUUCAAAUUGGGGUCGCUCACUGUAGUUCAUGACAGUUUCAUCGCGUUGAUUGUGACUUAAGGCUCGGUUUGUUUUGGUUUUAUGUUGGUGUAGUUUUGAGAAGAAGUUUGGAUAUGAAAUUAGGUUACGGAUUGAAACCAAGGUCCCACCGCGUGGUUCAGGACAGCUCGGUCGCAGAGGCGGAGAUUGAUGGAUUGAAAGAAAGUAGUAGUAUAAGUAGUUGUUGGGCGAAUCUGCCACAGGAAUUGUUGAGGGAGGUGUUAGUGAGGAUAGAGGCGUCAGAGAUUGGUUGGCCGUCGCGGAGGAGUGUGGUUGCCUGUGGUGGAGUGUGUAGGACUUGGAGGGAGAUCAUAAAGGAGCUUGUGAGUACGCCGGAGGUGUCAGGGAAAUUCACUUUUCCGAUAUCGGUUAAGCAGCCUGGUCCGAGAGAGCCGCUCGUCCAGUGUUUUAUAAAGCGGAACCAGUCUACACAAACAUAUCACCUUUACCUUAAUUUAACUCAAGCAUUGGCUGAUAAUGGGAAGUUUCUUCUUGCUGCUCGUAAGCUUAGGCGCCCCACUUGCACAGACUACAACAUCUCUCUGCGUCCCGGUGAUAUGUCAAAGGGUAGUAGCAACUAUAUAGGGAGAUUAAGAUCAAAUUUCCUGGGAACCAAGUUCAUAAUAUAUGAUGGCCUGCCACCUCAUGCUGGAGUCAAAAUGAUGAAAAGCUGUUCAACUAGUUUUGUGGGCUCAAAACAAGUUUCCCCCAGAAUUCCUGCUGGCAACAAUCCAAUUGCUCACAUCUCAUAUGAGUUGAAUGUGUUGGGUUCCAGGGGUCCUAGAAGAUUGAACUGUACCAUGGAUGCCAUUCCGGCUUCUGCCAUAGAACCUGGAGGUGUGGCUCCCACACAAACAGACUUCCCUCUUAGCAAAGUAGAUUCCUUACCAUCAGUCCCAUUUUUCCCAUCAAAAUCAAGCCGACUGGAGAAAUUUCUCUCGCUACCUUCAACUGAUCAGAGACGUGGAGCCCUUGUUUUGAAAAACAAGGCUCCCAGGUGGCAUGAGCAGCUCCAGUGCUGGUGCUUGAAUUUUCAUGGACGGGUAACAGUUGCCUCUGUGAAAAACUUUCAGCUGGUGGCUUCUGCGGAGAACGGACAGGCGGGCCCAGAACAUGAGAAGGUCAUCCUCCAGUUUGGGAAAGUUGGGAAAGAUGUGUUCACCAUGGAUUACCGGUACCCGCUCUCUGCAUUUCAGGCAUUUGCUAUCUGUCUUAGCAGCUUCGACACCAAGAUAGCUUGUGAAUGACGAACUGACAGGUUUGGAUCAGAUUGCUCUAUCUAUACAGCUAAACUCUUUUUGUCGUAUGGUGGAAUCAAAAGUGAUUCUUUUGCGAUUCAAAAGAGAUUUAGUGUUCGUUUAUGGUUGAUUGUCACUAUAGUGGGAGUUGUUACGUGCAAAGAAGCCACUACGUUGUCGAUGAUGUCGUUGGUUUUGUGUGUAUCUUCUUUGAGCUCAGUUGCUGAGAAGGCAGAAGAAGAUUGGACGAGAAAGAAUGCCCAAAAUAAUCCAAUAAUUGUCUGUAUAUAUUUGCUUUGUUUAUCUUCUUUUUGUUUUUGUUAAGUUAAACUCUCAGUGUUUUUACUGGAAAUGUGUUUUGUUUGUAUAUAUUUGCUUUGUUCAUCGCCCUA